AAAAAAGGUAAUCAGAAUGACGGCCGCCCAGACCUCAAUACGCGCUCAUGUUCUGUAGUGCUCCAGUAACUAGAACGGACUUAUUCACCUAUCGUGUAAAAAAAAAACAGUUCCAAGUCCCCGAACCCGUGAAUGUUGUCAAAGUGAAGUGUCCAGUGUCGAUAAUUCCCUGAACAGUACUCUCAAAGCUAUCAGCCAUGAGCAACAAUGCUCAAUGACAGAUUCACAAGCGUCGGGAUGCGUGUGACAGUGUUGAUGACGACUGAGGUUGGUCAGUGACCAGUUCGCACAUCCGGGAAUAAUUAGUUAUUAUUAUUUUUUUCAAUUGAGAGUUAUUCAGUUUGCCCUCGCGGCUAAAAAUAUGCGAUAAACAGAGACCUGUGGUGAAUAAGAGGAAUCAGUGGAUUUUAUUUUGUCGUCGCCCUGGGGGGGAGAGAGGUGAGAGCCAACAUCAUUGGCUCGCGGGGGAUGAGAAUUAUCCGCGAGUAGAGGAUACGACGGCUGGGGCACCGACCGGUGGAUCUGCCGCUGUGGCUGUUGAACGCUGCCUCGAAGGCUCGAACAGCACCGGCGGCGGAGAUUUUUGGUGAUAAAGGAUUAAGGACCAUUUCAACGAAGGACUUGGAAUCAUGGCGGAUCUCGAGGCUGUGCUGGCCGAUGUCAGCUACCUCAUGGCCAUGGAGAAGAGCAAGUGCACACCGGCUGCCAGGGCCAGCAAGAAAAUUAUUCUGCCAGAUCCGAGCGUCAGGAGCGUCAUGCACAAGUAUCUUGAGAAAAAGGGGGAAGCUGAGUUUAAUAAAAUAUUUAACCAAACGCUGGGGUAUCUAUUGUUCAAAGACUUUUGUGAGACUGUGGCGGAGGAACCAAUUCCGCAACUUAGGUUUUACGACGAGAUAAAAGCGUACGAAAAACUCGAGACCGUUGAGGAGAGGCAAAAAUUGGCACGUGAGAUAUACGACAACUACAUAAUGAAGGAACUCCUGGCGCAUUCGCACGAAUAUUCCCGUGCAGCUGUCGCUUGGGUACACAAAUAUCUCAUGAAGAACGAGGUGCCGCUGCAUUUAUUCGACCCUUACAUCGACGAAAUUUGCACUCAUCUGAGGGGAGAACCAUUCAGAAAGUUCCUGGAGAGUGACAAAUACACUCGCUUCUGCCAAUGGAAGAACCUCGAGUUAAACAUCCAGUUGACAAUGAACGACUUCAGUGUCCACCGGAUAAUAGGGCGCGGUGGUUUUGGCGAGGUAUAUGGUUGUCGUAAAGCAGACACUGGUAAAAUGUAUGCAAUGAAAUGCCUUGAUAAAAAGCGCAUAAAAAUGAAACAAGGCGAGACCCUGGCAUUAAAUGAGAGAAUAAUGCUCUCCCUAGUCAGUACCGGGUUUGACUGUCCUUUCAUAGUCUGCAUGACAUAUGCCUUUCACACACCUGACAAAUUAUGCUUCAUACUUGAUUUGAUGAACGGUGGUGAUCUACAUUAUCAUCUGUCUCAGAAUGGUGUAUUCAAUGAGUCAGAUAUGAAAUUUUAUGCGGCCGAGGUGAUACUCGGUCUCGAGCACAUGCACAGACGUUCCAUUGUCUACAGGGAUCUCAAACCAGCUAAUAUAUUACUCGAUGAGCACGGCCAUGUGAGAAUAUCAGAUCUUGGAUUAGCAUGUGACUUCUCCAAGAGGAUGCCACAUGCCAGUGUUGGUACACAUGGGUAUAUGGCACCAGAGGUGUUGCAGAAGGGAGUGGCAUACAACUCGAGUGCUGAUUGGUUUUCAUUUGGUUGUAUGCUUUAUAAAUUACUGAGGGGCCAUAGCCCAUUCAGACAGCACAAGACCAAAGACAAGCAUGAGAUUGACAGAAUGACGUUGACGAUGGAUGUCGAACUGCCAGAGUCAUUCUCAUUGGAGCUCAGGUCCCUUCUUAACGGAUUACUCCAAAGGGAUAUAAAGUCUAGAUUAGGAUGCGGUGGGAGGGGGCCUGACGAAGUCAAGGAGCAUCCAUUCUUUGAGGGCAUUGACUGGCAGCAGGUGUAUCGGCUGAAGUAUGAACCCCCUUUUAUACCACCAAGAGGUGAAGUAAAUGCUGCUGAUGCUUUUGACAUUGGGUCUUUUGAUGAGGAGGAUACGAAAAUGAUCAAACUAUCUGAUUCUGAUCAGGAAUUGUAUAAGAAUUUUCCACUUGUCAUCUCUGAGAGGUGGCAGGCGGAGGUCGCUGAAACCGUUUUCGAAACCGUCAACAUCGAAGCGGAUAAGCUGGAAAUUAAGAAAAAGGCCAAACAGAAAUUGAGGUUCGAUGCUGAUGAGAAGGGCUCCGACUGCAUUCUGCACGGGUAUAUUAAGAAGCUGGGAGGGCCUUUCACCAGCGCUUGGCAAACUAGAUAUGCUAAAUUGUAUCCUAAUAGGCUGGAACUGCAUCCGGAGUCUGCGACGAAACCUGAGCUCGUCUUUUUGGAUCAGGUGGAGGAACUCUCACCUGAUUUGCAGAAUGUCAAAGGGGACCAGUGUAUCGUCGUCAGGACGAAGGAUGGGAAAAUUGUACUUACUAAUCCGGAUGAAAUAAGCUUAAAAGAAUGGUCUCUCUCGUUACGAUCAGCAUACAAGAACUCCAUGGAAAUGCUGGGUAAUAUGGCUCGUAAAGCUGGUAAAAUAUACGGCACCGAGCGCGACGCAGUGAUACCACCAAUUCAACGAUCAGCUAAUGGCAAUUAGCAAACUCAUCCUCAACCAUAAUCGAAGAUAAAGGAUUAAAAUCGAGAAAGGAGAAAUUUCAAUUCAAAAUUAAUGAAAAAAAAAUAAAAAAACAAAGCAGACGUUCGUAACUCCAGUCCCACUGCCCCGCAGCAGCGACACCAGCAGGAUAAUUUUUUUAUACAAAAAAGAAAAUAAAAGGAAAACAUAAAGGAAAUUCAAUAAAUAAAAAAACAAGAGAAAAUUGCUAAACACGAACAAAUGAUUGAGCAAAUUCAUUCUAAACCAGUUGUGACGAACGGAACACUACAAUCCCACAAAGAAACAUUAUUAAGUAUAUUUCCCUAUGAUCGUGUAAGGCGAAUAGCGUCAAUGCUGCGUAGAGUACUGCAGAUUAGAGAAAUAAUAAUUAAUCAGUUGUGAAUUGAUUAAUUAGGGAUAAUUUUAUUUUAUUUGGAGUUGUUUUCUUUAGCUGCAUUUUUGAAUUUUCUUCAACUCGGUCGCAAGUAAAUAUGUUUACAGACAUCUAGGGUAAAAUGGAACGCCAGACAGUUAAUCGUUCUGCACAUUUCAGGUGAUAUUUUGCUUUCAAUUGCGGGUCAAGUGGUAUUAAAAAUUAAACGAUCUUUAAUAAGUGUACCCUUAUCACUGCUCCUAGGUGAGGGUCAAAGACUCUUGAAGGGCUGUAAGAUUGUGGGUAACAUCUGCAGAUGAGGGAAAAGGUUCUUGAGGGUCAAAUAAGUCUUGAGAGACUCCCGCGUGUAGGAUCAAGGCAUUAAAACUGAUUUCUAGGGCCGCUUGACCCUCAAAAGAAACCAAAAAUCCUGAAUUAUGAAACAAUGGUUAAAGUUCUUUCGAUAAAUUCACAACUGAAAUAAGUGCUUCGUAAACACUAGGAGACGGGGAUCCUCUCUGGAUGCAUAGCGUCGAAAUCCAUGAUUUAAAAUGCAAUAUAUUUGUACGUUUAAUUAAUUGUAUCGUGCAGUGGUGGAAAUUAGAAAAUAGUAAACAAAUAAUGAAGGAUAACUGUGUCCGCAAUGGGCGAGUUUACUCAAGGACUGAAAUAUUUAAGACAAAAACAUAAUAAAGUCCGAAGGAGCAUUAUUGUUAGUGAAAUGCGUGUGAACAGACAUUUAAAAAAAAAACACUCAAAUAAACCAGAACAGUACAGAACAGUAGAGGUAUAUUGUAACAUGAAUAAUAAUAAGUAUCUGUAUUCUUAUUACUCCUUGUGCAUUCAAAAUGAACGUGAUGUGUUAGGGGAAUAUGUGUGAUUCGAGUGAAUAAUACAUUGUGAGAUAUUUAAUUAAUGGUGAAACAUUUUUUCGACUGAAUGAACGAGUGAGUGCUUUUAAUCACAGGCCCAUAACCCUAUUCUUCCCACAUUUUGUGAAUCUAAUCAUUAAUUAACACAGACACAUUGUAGUUGAGUGAGAUAAGGAGUUGAUUUUCGCCUAGCUAUCGAAAUAAUGAGAUUAUGUAAGUAAUUACUAAUUAUUUUUUUAUGAAGUAUUUUAGUGAUGGGCAGGUUCGUGCUCUCUGCGAUUACCUGACGACUAAUUUAAUGCAAUUUUUUAAAUUAAAGUAUAUUAUAUUUUCGUAUAUUUAGUUUUUGAUUCGGGGAGAGCGAUCGCAAAAAUCUAUUUAUUUUUACUUUUUUUCGUUCAUUUAAAUUCGUGAUGGACAAUUUUUUGGUUGGAGAAGUUAUCAUUGGAUUGUUUUUCAAGCGAAUUAGAAUGGUAAUUGAUUGUCAAUGCAGAUUGAAAGCAUUAUUUUUUUGAACUAAAAAAUUGUUCGAUGAAGAGAAAUGAAUCAUUAUUGAAAUAAUUUUAUACUAAAUGAAUUAUUUUUAGUGCAUAAAAAACAAGGAAUUAUCUUAAUCUAUAGAGAAUUUUUUCGUCUAUAAAAACAGUUUUACAUUUCUUCCUAGAAUCACCUAUUAUUGAAGAACUGUCAAAGUACCAAAUGAGACUUCAUUGAAAAUAGUAUCGAGUCUUUCGUGUUCAAUUUAAAAUUUAAAAAAAUGUUUAAAUAUAUAUUUUGCACUCUCCCCUACAUCGAAAUAAAAUGAAUGUUCAAAGCAACAUCUUCCUCUCUAAAAAUUCAUAAACGAAUUAUAUAAACGAAACAUUUGGGAUACAAUCAGCUCCUUAUUCUAAACAAUUACACAUCAACUCGUUUACUUAAUUUAUUUUACUAAUUAAAAAAGGCAGGACGGUUUUUCUAUUGCCCAAUGUAUAACAAUAAAUAGACGAAAUGGAAAACGCAAUAUUUAUUACGGUUAAUGUAUUAGAGAUGACAAUUAACGAGCGACAAAAAAAAAAUAACAAUAAAUCGGCCGUUUGUAUAUUGACAGGAAAAUAAAAAUCAAAAAAAAAUUAUAUGAACAAUUGUUAUAACUGUGUACGAAAAAUGGAGAAAUAACAUAUGAGAACAAUAA